AUGACCACCAUCGGCAAGAGCACCUUCGUCAUACAGGGCUUUGGCAAGGUGGGGUCGUCCCUGGCGCGACACCUCCACGACCUGGGGGGCAAGGUGGUGGCCAUAGCUGACAGCCGGGGCGCCACCUUCAAUGAGGGCGGGGUGGACGUGCCGCGGCUGCUGGGGCACGUGUACAGGGGCGGCAGCCUCUGGGACUUCAGCGGAGGGACACCCCUCCCCAGCGACGCGGACUUCCUGUGUAUCCCGUGUGAUGUGCUGGUCCCCGCGGCCCUGGGGGGCGUCAUCAACGCGCGCACGGCACCACGGCUGCAGUGCAAGGCCGUGGUGGAGGCGGCCAACGCGCCCACCACCGCAGAGGGUGACGCCAUCCUGCGGGCACGCGGCAUACCGGUGCUGCCGGACGUGUACGCCAACGGGGGCGGCAUCAUAGUGUCCUUCUUCGAGUGGGUCCAGAACCUCCAGAACUUCCGGUGGGACGAGGAUGACGUCACGCGGCGCCUGGACAGGUACAUGACGGACUCUUUCCGCGACAUCCACCGCGUUUCCAAGGACAGGGGCGUGCCCCUCAGGGUGGCAGCAUACCUCACAGCGGUGCAGAGGGUCGCAGCCAGCGAGGUCAACCGCGGCUUCGCGGGGUGA